AUGGCGGGCGGAUAUGGCGGUGCGAUGGCCAUCGAAGGGGGUGAGGAGGUCGCGAGCUUCGGGACCGGGACGAAACGCAUCAGGUCCAAGUACACCGUGAACCCCGGCUACGCUCCGGUGGCGGAUUGCUUCUGCGUGCGCUUCUCUCCGGACGACCAGUACUUGGCCACCAGCUUUGCGAAUGGCGCCAUUCACGUGUACAGCGCUGAGACAGGACGCCAGGAGUUCCUGCUGAACGGCUCCCCUCCGAACACCGAGCUCUCGCAGACGCCGCUGCCCACCACGCAGCUGCGGUGGCGGCCCCAUGCGGCGGCCUCCAAGACGCAGAGCGUCUUGAUCUCCGUCAACGCGGAGUUCGACGGUCAGAUCAUGCAGUGGCACAUCAAAUCUGGCAAGUGCCUGCACAGUAUUGUGGAGAAGGGCAACCAGAUCUUCUGCCUUGACUACUUCAACGACGGCAGCCAGUUCGCCACGGCCGGGAAGGACCGGCUGCUGCGCGUCUACGAUGAGGCCACGAAGCGGCAGGUGAUGACGCUGCAGGGGGGCGACAUGAAGGAGACCGCAGGACAUUCCAACCGGAUCUUCUCGUUGAAGUACCACCCGGAUGACCCCAACAUCAUCCUCUCAGGAGGCUGGGACAACACCGUUCAAGUGUGGGACACGCGAAAAGGCAUCUCUGUGAAGAGCUUGUGGAACUGUUACAUCUGCGGCGAUGCGGUGGACAUCUCCAGCGAUGGACGUCAGAUCCUGACAGGCUCCUGGAGGACCGAGAAUGCGCUGCAGAUUUGGGACUUCGCCAGUGGCAAGGUGGCUCAGACCGUUGACUGGGAGAGUGCCUCCUCUAAGAGCCCCUGCAUGCUCUUCGCUGCGCAAUUCAGCAAGGACCCAGCUAGCAGUAUGAUCUUGGCGGGAGGAUCGCAAGAAAACGAGGCGAAGUUCUUCAUGCGGCAGCCGGGCGCCGCGCCAGUGCCGUUUGGUGCGCUGGUGUCCAUGCCGAAGCCGGUCUUCACGGUGGAUUGGUCCAUUGGAGGAAAGUAUGCCGCCGUGGGCAGCGCUGAUGGCCAAGUCAGGGUGCUGGAGGUAGUUUGA